AUGGAUACCAUUUUAUACAAAGGAAGUGUGUAGGAAACUCGGCUGAAGUUUUUCAAUUUUGAUCCAAUUUAUUCAUGUUUCCGUCUCAGAUGGCAGUGUAAAUGCUGUUUUUAAUACUUAUAGAAAACAUAACUUUGUUUUUUGAAUGAACAAUAUGACUGGAAACAAACCAAUUCGAGCCAAAAUCAUCAGUAUGGGCAACACUGAGGCUGGGAAGAGCUGCAUCAUUAAACGAUAUUGUGAAAAAAGAUUUGUAAAUAAGUAUCUUGCAACCAUUGGAAUAGACUAUGGUGUUACUAAAGUUAGAGUCAAAGAUCGUGAUGUUAAGAUAAAUAUAUUUGAUAUGGCUGGACAUCCGAUAUUCUAUGAAGUGAGGAAUGAGUUUUAUAAGGAUACCCAAGGAGCAUUACUUGUUUACGAUGUAACAAACAGGCAAAGUUUUGAAGCUUUGGAAUCCUGGUUAACUGAGAUGAAACAAGAGAUAGGAGACCCAUCAUAUAUGGAUAAAGUUGUCUUUGCUGUAUGUGCAAAUAAGAUUGAUAGAAAAUCAAAGCGCGUUGUAGAUGGACUUGAGGGGCGUCUGUGGGCAGACAGCAAAGGAUUUCUUUAUUUUGAAACAUCGGCUUGUUCAGGGGAAGGGAUCAGUGAGAUGUUCGGAAAGCUGUUUGAUGGUGUUGUUACUGCGUUUGAAAAUGGAGGCAAAGUGAUGAGAAUAACAACUAAACUUGGGUAUACGAAAGAGCAAGUUGAAGCUGUACAGUGUAUCAAAAAUGGACGAAAUGAUUAUGAACGACUAGGAUUGAAAGUGGGGUCUACAAAAGAGGAAAUCAACAAGGCCUAUCGUAAACUAGCAGUGUUGUUACAUCCAGAUAAAACUGUAGCACCAGAGAGUGAAGAAGCAUUUAAAAUAUUAGUAAAUGCACGCACAAAUUUAAUGAGUGGAAAAUAACAAUGGACAAUUCACUGUCCAUAAUUAUGUGGAAACAAGUUUCUUGACUUGGCUUAUAAAAUAUUGUGAAGAUCGCUAUCAAAAUAUGUAUUAAUAAAUUGAAAAAAAAUGUUUUAACAAUUUUUUAGAGUGCAAAUAUUUACAGAGUAAAGAAUAUGUUUCAACAGUACAAGUUUCUUGGUUAUUCACAGCGGUGGUUUCAGAUGGGUGGAGGUUUGGGGCAUGUGUUCCAUUAUUUGCUGUAGAUAUUGCCAAUUUAGAAAAUAAAUUCCAAAAAUAGCAGCCCAUUUUUAUAUCUCAAACUUUUAGGCCAAUCCUGAUUCAAUCAUACCGUAGAGUAUAAAAAGUCUGUGGGAUGUGUGCCUUGAUAUAAAAGUGUUGUGCUUAUCCAUGCAUUUUGUCUUGCUCAAUUUCAUUGCUGCUUUCCUCUGCCUGAAAAUGCAAGUUGAUAUACAUGUACAUUCAUCUUGUGUGCAACAAGAUCCUUGUGCAAAAUUCACUUAACGAAAGGAGCUGCAAGCGUAAAAUAAUCAAUCAAGGUGCUUGUAAUUUUUUAGUGGUUUUUUUUUUUAUGGUUUUAAACAAAAUAUUUUUAAUAUUUUAAUAAAUAUUUUAUUUGAGACAUUUUUAGAUAUACAGUAGCAUUACAAUGUAUGUAUCUAUUAUCUUUAUAUAGAAUCCAUUCAUUUGAGUGUGUUCAAAAUAUAAAAUAUUGCUGAAUGAAACGCAGAUGAUAU